CUUGUGGUGCAUCAUGAAGUGUGUUUACUUCUACAGCGUUGUGUUGUUGUUGACACUGUGUGACGUCACUGCGGCAGGACCUCUACACGCACAGUGCACCGUACAAUGGUAUGUUGCGAUACCGUGUCAAGCGGUUUAUGAAUCGCUGGUAUCGCAGAUCAAGAAGUGGGAAGGCAGGGCGGGCUGCACCGGUGGAGGACAGCGCUGCUCCUACAAGCUACAUUCUGCCACGGUGCACUUUAUAUCUGCCAAACACACCACUCCAUUGACGAGGUACCAACAAGUCAUCAACUUCCGCCUGGUGCCAUACCACUUCUUCACUGGAUGUCAUAUUUCUGCCAUGUCCAUCUCCCAGACCUGGUUUGUGGUCCGAGACCACGGCAACAACUACUGCAACCUCUACAACCUCAUGGAAGGAAGUAGUCUCACAGAGGUCAGAGGUUACAGGGAGAUGACCAGUGACUUCUUAUGUACUCAACGCUCCUCAGCCAACUGUGCCCUCGACUGACUUGUACUGCAACUACACUCUUCUUUCAUCAUCAUCAUCAUUAUUAUUAUACAGUGGG